GGCUCUGGCUGUUGCUGUGGUUGCCUGAGUUGCUGCUGCUGCUGCGGCGGCGGCUACGGCGGUGCUGGUAGCGGUGUCGGCCCUUGGGCGGAUGUUGACAUUGUGUUGUUGUUAUUGCUGACGGUAAUGGCGGCGGCGGCGGCGGCCGGGACCCCAUCUCCUCUGUAGCCAGAGCCGACACAGCCAGCAGCGAACUCCGCGGCCUCGGAGCCCGGCGGCGGCUCCCCUCAGUCUCCGCCGCCUCGCCGGCGGGUCUCCCAGCCCCAGCUCCUGGAGUCGGGCUCCUUCGGGCAGGGGGCCGCGGAGGCUCAGGAUGGCGGAUUUCGACGAGAUCUAUGAGGAGGAGGAGGACGAGGAGCGGGCCCUGGAGGAGCAGCUGCUCAAGUACUCGCCAGACCCGGUGGUGGUCCGCGGCUCCGGUCACGUCACCGUAUUUGGACUGAGCAACAAAUUUGAAUCAGAAUUCCCUUCUUCAUUAACUGGAAAAGUAGCUCCUGAAGAGUUUAAAGCCAGCAUCAACAGAGUUAACAGUUGUCUUAAGAAGAAUCUUCCUGUUAAUGUUCGAUGGCUACUUUGUGGCUGCCUUUGUUGCUGCUGCACAUUAGGUUGCAGUAUGUGGCCAGUUAUUUGCCUCAGUAAAAGAACAAGAAGAUCGAUUGAGAAGUUAUUAGAAUGGGAAAACAAUAGGUUAUACCACAAGCUGUGCUUGCACUGGAGACUGAGCAAAAGGAAAUGUGAAACGAAUAACAUGAUGGAAUAUGUCAUCCUUAUAGAAUUUUUACCAAAGACACCGAUUUUUCGACCAGAUUAGCAUUUACUUUAUUUAUAGAGACUUUCCAAGUAUGUUGUCUUUCCAAUGGUGCCUUGCUUGGUGCUCUCCUGGUGGUGACAUAACAUUGGUUCUACAGACUUGUGUGGUUUUUUUUUUUUCCCCUGUUUUUUUUUUUUUUUUAAAUAACCGCAUGUUCUAAGUGUGCAUUUUCGUCAAACUUUGCAGCAGUUAUUUCAUACAGAUGUUUAGUACUUAAGUUAUUGUGGUCAUUUCUGUUAUGUAUUCUGAUUUUCAAGGAGUACUUUUUGUAUUAUAAAAAAAAAAUACAUUUGAACUUAGCAUAAAAAGUGGCCAGCCUUUUUUAUUUUAUCACCAAGGAACACACAGUCCUUUAUUUAUUAAUUCUUUAACACAGAAAAACACCUUUAUAAGCCUCUACUUCCCUAUUCUAGCAAGCACACACUUUGUAUUAUUUUUCUUUUUAAAUUUAACUUAGUUAUUACUUUAAAAUAGUAAGAUUUCUUUAAUAGCUUUUUGGAACGUAACAUAUCCUUUCUCAUACAUUUCUUAAUGCUCUGUUUACAGCAGAAUAUCUGUAACAUUAGAAAGACCUAUCAAAAAGUUUUACGAGUAUUACUGUCUUCAAAGGUAAUAGGGCAGGAUUAAAUUAUUUUUCUUAGAAUAGGCAAAACAACGAAUAGUAUGCAUGCAUCUAAUGGUAACUAGAACUCAGGUUCACAAAAUAUAGUAGCAUCACUAUCUGUAUAUUUUUGAUCAAGAUGAUAUUAAUGAUGGCCUUACUUGGGUUAUUUUUUAUUGUUUAUCAAAUCUUAUAUACAGUAGUAUGAAAAUCAUUCCUUUAAAAAAUUCUAAGUAUUUCUCCCAAUCUAAUACUAUUAUAGAAUGGAUAUGUUUCUGAAAAGUUUUUGAAAGAAAGCAAAAGUUCUAGAGUGAAGGGUAAUGGUGUGUAUUAGUCCAUUGAUAUUUAGAAAUUUAUAAUUAAAAAGUGGAGAGCAUAUUUAGUACUUUUUUAUCCACUUUUGCUUCCAGCCAGUUAUAUAUACUUUUCUUGGUUGGAAAUGUGACAUAUAAAUAAAUCAGCUCAGCGUGGAAAUAUCCUUCCUCCUUUUGGUUGUACGUAUCUCCAUGCAGUUUAAGACUUUCUAAAUUUUUGAAUGGCCCACUGUGUAAAUUUCUGUUUUUAUAAACAAGAAGUACAAAUUUCAAUGUCUGUCAAGAGCUUGUUCCAUACAACUGUGGUAUCGAGCAAUAAUGUGAAUUAACUUUUGAAAAUUAUAUAAUCUGUGCUUAAUAAUUUGUAUUAAGAAUUGGUACCACUAUAAAACACCUUUUUUCCCUUGUAUUAAAUCUUUUAAAUACCAGCUUCAUUAACUUAUAUACCUGUGUUUUAAAAAAGAAAUUCUUUUGUACUUCUUUUCAAGUACUGUAAUUCUUACAUAAAUUUGAAUAGUUGAAUGCCAGUAUCUGAUAUCCUCUAUUGAAAAGUAGGAACUAUCUUAAAAACCAGAGUUUGGUUUUUUUCUUUCUUUUUUUUUGGGGGGGGGGGGUCUGAGAAUUGUUUUUCAUUGUCCCCCUAAAGCCCAUAAGAACUUGUGUUUGCAAAACACUUUUCCCUGAAAAAACUGAAAGUACAAAGAAUUCACAUGCUUCUCACUAUCUUCCCUGUAUCUAGGGUGCAACUUACCACCAUAAAAUAGCAUGAUUAAAAGGUAAUGCUUUUCACAAACUUCAGUGCUCCUCUGUGGUUUCAGUGUGGGAAUUAUUGUAUGGGGAAUGCUGUAUUGGCCUUAGAAUUUAGAAAAAGCAG